AUGUUCAUCCUAAUUGGAGAAGCAUACAGAUCUAUCGAAUCUGAUCACAAUCCAUUGCUAAGAGAAGCUAGAAAAAAGGCUGCUGAUACAUAUGAAACUACUGCUGAGACAAUAAAUUCAAAGUUUAAGUCAAGGAGACCUGAAGGUGGAAACUAAUAAGAUGAAAAUGAUUUCUUUAAGGGGUAUUAGGGAACAGGAGCAAGCGAAAAAUCUUAUGACUGGGAUGAAGAAAAAUUCCUUAGAAGAUAUAGAGUUUAACACUUAAGAAAUGAUUCAAAUGUCCCUAUGAGUAUAAGAAACGUUGAUAGACAUGGAAUGAAUAACUUAAAGCAUGAUCCAGUUAAACCCUUAGAUAGACUAAAAGUUCCUCCUUUUUUGAUUUAUUUCGUAUUUUUCGGAACAAUACUUGGGCUUAUGUACUAGGCAUAAAACGCUAAAGACCUUAAUUUUGAAGAACUUCAAAGAAGAAAUACCCUAUUAGCAAUGAAAAAGACUUAAGAGAAGAUAGAGUAUGAAGAAAAUGAAGUAACACCAGCUGAGGUAGUUACAAUGCAAACAAAAUAAUACAAGACAGUUGUUGAAGAGAAAGGUAAAUAAGAGCAGAGGAAACUUAAUACAAUCAGAAGUGUCAUUUUGCAGGAGAGAAAAUCUGAAAAAAUUGAUAUUAGACAGUGA